AUGAAUGAUAUAAAAGCUCAUACUAGCAGCAGCUUACAGCAGCAGCCGUCGCUACCGGCAACUCUAGUCGGAGAAAACACGCCGUUGGUGGAGGCACGAAAGGCACUUCAUUGCAUUGGCAACAGCAAGAAGAGCCACAAGAAUCAGAUGCUCAGCUUUGCUCUCAAGUUUUACCAAAAGACGCAGGAGGAUGAAAUGAGAUCAUUCAACAAGGCUGCAGAGGAAGGAAACUUUGCCAAGAUUAUUUCUCUCUUGGCAUCGCAAAGGACAGACGAGGAUCGUUGUCGUCUACUGAAUCACGCUCGACUGCGAAGUGCAGAGCUAGUAGUAAAAUCCGUGAGUAGCAACUGCAGCAACAAAAACAUGCGAACAGCCAAUCACAAGGGUUGGUAUGACCUGACGCCUCUGGCUCUGGCAGCUAUGAAUGGCCAUGCCAAUGUCGUGGAAUACUUGCUUCGUCAGGGAGCCGAUCCCACUCUCCGUGGCAGUCCUACCGAGAAUAAGGAUUUCAAUGCUUUGGAGGCCGCCAAAUAUGGUGUCAAAUCGGCACAGGAAGAUGUCGAUUCGGUCUUGACCAGCGGAAAGGAAGAAUUGUUUCAUUUUCACAAUCAACAACAACAACGACACGAACGCUAUAGCUCGUCUUUUUCUAGUAGUAGUACCGGUAGUAGUAGCCACGACGAUUCCACAAGAACUACAAUUUCCACAUCCACAGCAUUGGCAUAUGCGCAGUCGCUGGUGGAGAAACAAGAACAAUGUUUGCUCUGUCUGACCUUGUUGCAAUCCGUGGUGCAAUACUGGCCUCUGGCACAAGGUUACAGUUCUCACUAUCGCAAAAGGACCUACACCAACAAGCCAAAGGAUAUCAAGGCUCUACGAGCAUCAUUGGAUGCCAUUACAUUGGAAGGGCAUGAUCAGAAUGGAAACAACAAUCUGCCAGGUUCUCGUAUGGCUUCGAAUGAGUCCCUUGUGAAUCGUCUUGCCGGGAAGAUUGCGGCGGCUGCGUCAACGGAGCAACAACACGUCGAAGAACUACCCCAAGAAACGGUUGCGCCAGUGGUAGUUCGUUGCAAUACACUAGACAAGGGCGGAGAAAAAGCGGCAACCACAACAAUAGCAAAGACCAAGAAGCUGUCACCAACCAAACUCAAGACAAAAGUCUCCUCCAAGACAAAGACAAACCGAGGAAGGCGUCACUCGGAUUCCUUCUGUAUCCCUCCUCCACCCGCACUUCAUCAUCGACCAGUCCUGGCCCGUUUUCCUACGUUGCGGGACAAGAAUGUUCCCAGCCUUCAGCUUGUGUAA